UUCUUCCUUUCUGUCAAUGUUUUUUUUUCUCUUCACACGAUGAUGAUUUCUCUUUCUUUUCUCUUAUCAAGUUGACCAUCUUCUUCUUCAUCAACUUAAUUGAUCUUACCUUUUUCUCUCCUUCUUCUCUAUCGUCAACACCUUCUCUUCCUCUCUCUCUCUCUCUCUCCUUUUCUCUCUCUCUUGUUACAUGUUUUCCAUUUGAUUUUUUCUUCUCUUUUCCAUUUUCUCGGUGCUUCCAUUUUUUGCUUCUCUUUCUCUCCAUGAAUUUAUAUUUCUUGUUCUCUUCUCUUAAUCACCAACAAUAAAUGACAUUCAUCAUGAUCAAGUGUCACUUGGAAUCACAAUUAAGUUGACUGGUUAAUUAAUACAAAUCAUCAUCAAUUGGGAACCAUCAUCACCUUUUACCACCUUGACACCAUCAGAGUUGCCACUUUCCAUUGAGAGUUCAUAAAGACAAUCCAACUAGAGAUUAACAAUAUCAACUUACUUAUUUAUCUUAUCACCUUUUUUUUUACCUCAUCAUCUUCAUCUUCAUUCUCAUCAUCUGUUGAAAUCUGAGAUAAUUAAUUUCUUAAGUAAUUUUUGUCUGCGUCUUCAGAUUCUUCCAAUCAUCUUUUUUCUCUUCAUUUUCUCUUUGGUUUGAUCACUUUUUCCAUUACAAUUACCACUUAAAUCUCAUCAACAUGACAACCUUAAGAUUACCCAUGUUAAUAUUUCCUUUAUCUUUUUGUCUAACAUUCUGGAUCUACAUGGGAUUACCUUUAAUUAGCUGGUUAAUUAGUUUCACUGCUACUGCUCUGGUAAUCGCUCUCACUGCUUGGAAAUUAUCUUUGUUUCUGUCCAAUAUAACCCAAGGAACUCUUGACCCAUCCAAUAAAACGGUCAUCAUUACAGGUUGUGAUUCUGGCUUUGGUUAUAUUACUGCUCUUGAAUUGAACGAAAAAGGUUUCAAUGUGAUUGCUGGUGUUAGAUUUAUCAAUGGAAAAGGAGCUAAAGAUCUUGUAGAUAAUUGUAAAUAUCCUGAUCGGAUCAAUCUGAUUGAAAUCGAUGUUACCAGAGGUGAAAAUGAUCUGGCCUCCGAUCUUAUUGAUAAGGUGACAUCAAUCCUUUCACGUUCUGGUGAUUGUCUUUGGGCGAUUGUUAAUAACGCAGGCCUAUUAACCGUUGGACCAAUUGAUUGGGGUGAUUACCAGUCUUCCGUUGAAUCUUUGGUUAAUGUUAAUCUUUUAGGAUCCAUUAAGAUGAUACGAAUUUUUUUACCUCUUCUUAAACAAUCAACAAGCUCGUUAUCAUCUUCUGCUGCUGGUGGUGGUGUUGGUGCAAGAAUUAUAAAUAUGUCCUCAGUUCAGGGUAAAUUAUCUUUACCUUGGACACCCGUUUAUGCUACAACCAAAAGUGCCAUUGUUUUCUAUUCCAACUGCCUUCGUUUAAAUGUUAAUCGUUUUGGAAUCAAAGUGACCACAAUUCUUCCCUAUAAAUAUCGUACACCAAUGGGACAAACGGAACAAUUAAUUGACUCACUGGACACCAAUUGGAAGAAAUCAAGUCAGGACGUCAAAUCAGCUUAUGGUGAUUUCUAUUAUCAAAGAUUGAGACAGUUACUUGGAAAGAUGAACAAUUCAGGACCAGAAUCAGGGGAUCCAAAGGAAAUCGCUCACAAAGUGUACCAAUGUCUAGUCACACCCGAUCCUCCCAAUGAGAUAAUAUGUUCACCUUGGUGUCUUCGUCCUCUAUGGUUUCUAGUCAGUUUUAUGCCUCAAGAGUUGAUUGAUUUAUUUUUCGAUUUCGUUGAAACAAACUAUUUACAAGCCUAAUUUACAUCAAAUGUUCCCAUUUAGUCUUGUUUUUUUUUCAUCAUCUACGAUUAUAAUUAUUGAUAAAGGAAGAGAAACUCAAAUUGUCAACAAUUUAAAUGAUUACUUCCAAUUUACACACAUACACACUUAAUUCAGAACCUUUAAUUGUUAGGGAAACAAUUUGUCUUCUUGUCUUAUAUUCAUAUCUAUGUGAUAUUAUUAAUUCAACAAUUUAACAACAAACUAUAAGUUAACUUGAUCAUCAAUGUAACUAUACGGUGGAAAUAUUUAAUCAUUUGCAAAACAAUUUAGGAAUGGAAAAUGAUUCCCAAAAACAAAGUCAACAAUUAAAAUUAACAAACUUUUUCUUAAUUCUAA